AUUGUGGAGACAAACAUUUGUCCUCGUAAAGCAAACCAAAUUACACACUAAUUCCUCAAACGCAACCCCUCCCUCUGUCUUCUCCACGACUCUGCGCACAGCUGUGCCAACCUCCACGCACAGCCCAGAGCCAGUCCCACGCGCAGCCGCCUCUCCUCUCCUCUCCCCUCUUCUGCGGGAGUUUCAUAGAGGGCUUUCUCUUUUGACACAUUCACUCCUUUGUUCUAUCUCUUGUUUGAGUCGUUGUUCAGAGUGAGUACUCACUGGCAAGAAUUUGGAUUUACAGGCUGCAAAGAUCACAGACAUUAUAAUGGAAUUAGCUGACAGGGCAGUUGGGUUUUUGUUAUCGUUAAUCAGCUUAUCCAUAUUUACUUAUUAUACUUUUUGGGUCAUUAUCCUGCCAUUUGUGGACAGUGACCAUUUUAUCCAUAAGUACUUCCUGCCCCAAGAAUACGCCAUACUCAUACCUGUAUUUGCUGGGGUGGCACUUCUCGGCUUUUUGUGCGUCUUUAUUGGGUCCGUGAUGCUCAAAUCCAAAAAGAAGAAGGCGUGAUGCAGGUCUAUACUCCAGCUUUUGUUUACUUUAAGUGCAUUUCCUUUAUGUUGUCAAUUGAAUGAAUCCUUAAGUUUUGAAAUGAGAGUAGCUUUCAGGACAUCUGUUAGUAGGCUAUCGUAACUCGUAAGUACUAGUGUGAAUCACGGUUUUAGCCGGUGUCAUUGCAGUUUAAAUCCGGUGAGUCCUACGCAAAGUCAGUCAAAAAAAUCACUUGGCAGAAUUUUGUAGUAUCUUCAUCUUAAUAUCAAAUUGAAUGUAAAAAAUUCUGAGAUCAUGUCGAAAUUGCUGUCAGCUUUCCUA